GAAGUUACCCAUGGGAGAGCGCACCGCCAGUCCACCCUCUCCACGAGCGCAGAGAAAUAUGUUACUUUAAUAUUGAGGCUCCACGAACGCCAGUAGUUGGUUAGAAAAAAAAUAACUUCAUCCAUCAACACCAUCCUUUAUCUGCAGAAAACAUCAUCAAGCGCCGAUGCAUCGAUGAAUUUCACCGGGAAACUGACACACGUCCUCCUGCUGGUGCUCUUCGCAGCGCAAGGUUGUUUUUCAUCCAAAGCGGAGGACAGAUUGUUCCGGAGGUUGUUUAGGAGGUACAACCAGUUCAUCCGUCCUGUGGAGAAUGUUUCAGACCCAGUCACAGUGGAGUUUGAGGUGUCCAUAUCUCAGCUGGUCAAAGUGGAUGAAGUGAAUCAGAUUAUGGAAACAAAUCUGUGGCUGAGACAUGUCUGGAACGACUACAAACUGAGAUGGGCCCCUGUGGAAUAUGAUGGGAUUGAGUUCAUACGUGUUCCAUCUAACAAGAUUUGGAGGCCAGACAUUGUUUUGUACAACAACGCUGUGGGCGAUUUUUUGGUGGAGGACAAAACCAAGGCGCUGCUGAAGUUUGACGGCACCAUCACUUGGAUUCCUCCGGCUAUUUUUAAAUCCUCCUGUCCCAUGGACAUCACCUACUUCCCCUUCGACUAUCAGAACUGCUCCAUGAAGUUUGGCUCCUGGACGUAUGACAAAGCCAAGAUAGACCUGGUUCUAAUUGGCUCAAAGGUAAACCUCAAAGACUUCUGGGAAAGUGGAGAGUGGGAAAUCAUUGAUGCACCCGGAUACAAACAUGACAUCAAAUACAACUGCUGCGAAGAGAUCUACCCAGACAUCACCUACUCCUUCUACAUCCGUCGCCUGCCUCUGUUCUACACAAUCAACCUGAUCAUCCCCUGUCUCCUCAUCUCCUUUCUCACGGUGCUGGUUUUCUACCUCCCCUCUGACUGUGGAGAGAAGGUCACCCUUUGUAUCUCAGUCCUGCUCUCCCUCACUGUGUUCCUGCUCGUCAUCACUGAGACAAUCCCUUCGACUUCACUCGUCAUCCCUCUGAUCGGGGAGUAUCUCCUCUUCACCAUGAUUUUCGUCACUCUCAGUAUUGUCAUCACUGUCUUUGUGCUGAACGUCCACUAUCGCACCCCCAUGACUCACACCAUGCCAGAGUGGGUGAGGGCUGUGUUCCUUGGAGUCCUGCCCAGAGUGAUGCUGAUGAGGCGGCCUAUUGACCAGGGCUGCUCCUCAUCUGCGAGUAUCGGCGGUGGGAUGAGUGGAGGCGGUGGACCACUGAGCGGUGGAGCAAACAAGAAACGAAAGAACAGUAUAGGAUCAGGAAGUGGAUCAGGAAGUGUAAGCAUUGGAGGUAUAACUGGAGGUGUAGCGUGUCCACCGCUGGAUGGUGGCACUGGAGGAGGAGGGGCUACUUCUGCUGGCGGCUCCAUGAACUGUGUGGAGUACGGCGAGAUCAACCGUGACAUGAACCGGGAAAUGAACAGGAGGUGCCCGUAUAGAGGCAAGGAGGUUCCUACUCCUGUCCCUCCUCCAAUGGUGCCACCUCCUCCUCCUCCUCCACCUCCUCCACCACCUCCUCCUCCUCCCCAGGCACCCCAGACCCAGGCGCCUCAGGAACCAGAGAUGCCCAAGCUAUCGCGGACCCUGAAUGCACCAUCGCCUGUCAAUGCGGUUGUUGCGUUUUCUGUGGUGUCGCCAGAGAUCAAGCAGGCCAUAGAGAGUGUGAAGUACAUAGCAGAGAAUAUGAGGACACGCAACAAAGCCAAAGAGGUGGAGGAUGACUGGAAGUACGUGGCCAUGGUCAUCGACAGGAUCUUCCUGUGGGUGUUUGUGACAGUGUGUGUGCUGGGAACUCUGGGACUCUUCCUUCAGCCACUCAUCAGCUUCCUCAAAUGAGGCUCUUGGAUUUGUCGGAUCUCCUUUUCUUCCUCUCUGUCUCUUUCAGUCUGUCUCUGUAACCCACUUGAAUGACUAUGGGAAUUAUCCCUCCUGCAGCUUUUUUCACUUCAAACACAGCACCAUCUUUUCCUUCCUCCUGUUUGUCCCUUUUCUGUCUCUUAUUCUUCUCUGGGACGCCGUCAUCAGACAUCACCUUUAGCUCUCAGCUCCGUCUCCUCGUAUGACUUAUUCACAUUUCCCCAUUCCUUCUUUUCCCAUAAUCAACAUCCACACACUGCUGUUAUUCAAUCUGCUGGCCUUUGUCGCUGUUUUUUUUCCACAUGUAAUUUGACAUCUGCCCUCAAUUUCUUACAUUUCUGUGUUUUUGUCCUCUCCUGUGCCAUGCUAUUGUGUCUCUGCUUUUCUAUUUUGUGUAUUUGAAUGAAAAUGUCCACUCAGCUAUUGCCACUGUACAAUCUUAUACAAUGUUUAAUAUUCUCAAGUAAUAUCUAAGUAUUGUUAAUAUAGAUAAAGCCUCUGAAAUGAUUAGUCUGAAGAAAGAAGAGGCUGAAUAUUCUGAAUAUAUAUCAGAUUGUGGGGUAGCACUUGUCAUAGUAAGUCAGGACAUUACAGUUUUGAGACACAGCCUUUAAUCAGCUGGUGAUGAUAUGUACGACUUCGUGGUUUAAAGGUCAUUGAAUGCCUGCCACUAUUUCUUCACAAUAGUUUUCUUGUUAUUACGCAUGGCUUCUGGGAAAGAUGCUGGCUACGACUGUCCACUCAUUAUGAUAAUGAUGUGCUGUCCACAUGUGGUCACAGUAUAAUUAUACAUCUUCUCAUGAAUUCACAUUAACAAAGUCACAAAAACAUAGAAACACUUUGAAAUGCACAGUGUAGAUUGAACUUGUACAAAUUGUAAAUGGCCAUACUGUCUCUAUUCAUUUCUAAAAAUAAAUAAGAUAUGGGUUGAAAAUGUG